AUGUUAGAUAUUGAAAGAUUUUUGAAACUUUUAUCAAAUAAUAAAUAUCAAAAUGAAUCAUUAUUAAGUGAAAGAGAAUUUAAUUUAACUUCAUCAUCAGUAAAUAAUUUAUUAUUAAAAUUAUCAACUGGCAAAGUGACAUCAGUAGAAUUAACUUCAGCAUUUAUAAAAAAAUAUAUGAUUAUUAAUGAUAUAUUUGAAAUUGAUCCAAUUAUGAGGAAUAAAUUAACAAAUGCAUUGGCUUCAGCAAGAUUUUUAGAUGGUUAUUAUAAAACAACUCAAACUUUAAUUGGACCAUUACAUGGUUUACCAAUAAAUGAAGAACAAUUAAAAAGAUUACAAGAAAAUUUUGGAAUUGAAAAUGAUGAUUUACAAAGUAUGGGAUAUGUUAAAUUAUAUAUGGCUAAUCAUAUGAAUUUAAUGGGAGAAAAUGAUAUAUUUUCUGAUAAACUGUCUUCCUAUGUUAAUACUUCAAAUACUUCAAAUCCAUUACCAAGAAAAUUAAGUACAUCUUCCUCAUCAUCUUCAUUAUCUUCAUUAUUAUUAACUUCAGCUGCUCCAACUCCCUCACUUACUCCAAGAGGAAGUGUUUAUGAUGGAUUAACGUUGGUAAAGUAUUAA